CGCGCCAGUCGCCCCCGAGCUCUUCUCGAAGGCGCUUGGCUUGUGCCGAAGGGACCGUUUGUCGCCGCUCGAGCUUCCUUCCUGCCGCCGCCGGGCCCGAGCUUCCCCUUCCCAGUCCCACACACGUGUCUCUUGAUCCCCCUCGCGUGCUUCCUUCCGUGCAGAGAUGGAGAACGGUACGCCACAGAGAGGACGCGGAGGGCCAGCGCGCGUCACCAAGACCCCCGAUGGCCGCACCGUGCAGAGUUUCCGCUCUCACCCCAUCUACGGCUUCGAUAAAAUCAAGGAAAAGGUGAUGACAGAACUGAACUGCCCACAACUGGACCUUACAGCCCUGGACACAUCCGAAAAGAAGUUUAAUGCUCAAAGUCGUUUGUUUGUUGGAAACCUACCAAGAGACAUUCCCUAUGAAGAACUUAAGGAAAUGUUUGCCAAGUAUGGAGAACUUGGACAGGUGUACUUCAACAAGGAUGGGGCAUACGCUUUUAUUAAUUUUGAUUACAAGGCCAAUGCCGAGAAAGCCAAAAAUGAAUUGCAAGGAAAGAUGGUCCGAAACCGCCCAAUGAAGAUCCGCUAUGCCUCGGUAACGACGGGUGUGAGAAUUAAAAAUCUGACUCCAUAUGUGUCCAAUGAACUCUUGCAUAAAUCCUUCUCGGUCUUUGGAGAGAUUGAAUCUUGCCGCGUGAUUGUUGAUGACCGUGGGAAAACUACUGGCGAUGGUGUGGUAGUAUUUUGUGAUAAGAAGGGUGCCACAAUAGCUUUGAAGAAGUGUCAAGAGGAGUGUUACUUCCUCACAAGCUCAUUGCGUCCAGUAAUUGUAGAACCCCUUGAGGCUGGAGAUGAGGAAGAAGGUAACCCAGAAAACUCAAUGCACAAGAAUAAUGAUUACAGAAAUGAACGUAAAGAUGGCCCAAGAUUUGCAGAUAGAAAUUCCUUUGAAUUUGAAUACGGGAUGAGGUGGAAGCGCCUUUAUGAAAUGUACAAGGAGAAGAAAAUGCUUCUUGAGUCUGACCUCCAGGCAGAGAUGGAACAGCUGGAGGCAAGAUUUGCUCUCGUGCGACAUGAGCAUGAGACGGAAAAGCUUCGAAGGGAACUGAUGGCUCGUGAGGCAGAAGCAAUGCAGAUGGGAAGAUACCGUCAGUCAAGCAAUUACCAGGACCGUUACAUGGGAGGUUCGCAGGAGAACCGCUACUCUGACUACCACGGAAGUGCUCGGCCAAAUGAAAGAUACCAGCAACCACCCCCCAAUUCCAGCGAGGACAGGUACAGCCAGGCUCCGCCCACUGAAAGAUACCCGCCAAGCACCCCGGAGGAAAGGUACCCCCAGGCACGCAGCAACGAGUAUUCCCAGCAAGGAGGAGGUGUCAAGAGAGAGCCCGCAACCGAGGAGUUCGACAUGAAGCGUACACGUUACUGAGGUCUGACUAAGCUCCUUCCACCUGUAGAGCCAGAAUGAAAGUGUCUGCAGUGUACAGGGAUCCUAGUGUACUUGUAUUCACUUUUUAUAUAAACAAAACUAAAAACUAAACAAAAAAACAAUCCUCCCCCUCCUCCUCCCCCCCCCAUUAUACCAUUUUGGGACAAGAAUGAUUAAGUGGGACAGGAAUUCAAAGAAAAAAUGAGAAACCCAAAAUUUGCAGGUACUUGAGAGUAUUCUGUGCUAUCAGUUACGACACCCCUAAAGUGUAUCUAUUUUUGAAAUGUUUGCACAAGUAUCCAGAGGUUAAAUGUGAAGUAUUCCAAAAAUAUUUUAACAGCAGUGUAGUCCUUAUGAAAUUUAUAUGUAAGCAGAUGAUGUAAAACUGAAUGGGGUAUAUAGUUGUAUCUUAUAGAUACUGUAAUAUGAAUUAAGACAGGUUUCUGGACUAAUUCCUACACAGGCUAGCUGAAUGAACCAGGCACUUUGUGUUGAAUUAGCGUUCUUAUUAACCGCUGGCUUUUCAGUUAGAAGGACAACUGAUCCACUCAGGUUGUUUCAAAAGGCUGGGCGUUUUAUUCUUUGGAAUUCUCUAUUUUAUUAAGCUAAAAGUCAAAUUGAAUUCUUCAGAAAUUGCUGGAAAUUGGCUGAGUGAUUGACCAUGUACACAGUGCCACCAGGAGGUGUUAUUGAUGGCAUUGAACAAAAUAUAUAUUUUUUUCUAUGUACAUUCAGUGGUCUUAUAUUUAAUUACUGUACCUAGGUUAGUGUUUGGGUUAACAUAGUAAUGCAUUAAUGAUUUAGAUAAACAAAAUUGCCACAAGUUGUUCUUUGAUGACCAAAUAUGUACAAAGUAAUCAAGUGGGGUACAAAUUCAAGCACAGGUACACUCUCCCACAGUUGUAUACAUACACCUGUUUUCUCUCUCUCUCUCUCUCUCUCUCUCUCUCUCUCUCUCUCUCUCUCUCUCUCUCUCACACACACACACACACACACACACACACACACACACACACACACACACACACACACACACACACACACACACACACACACACACACACACACAUUUUGGCAGUACAGUUGUUAUCAGGGAGCAACUAGUGUUGGUGGCAGAGAAUAUUAUGAUUUACAGUUAAGUAAGAUGAUUAAUGACAUUGUCCUAUAUGUAAGAAAAUUUUGUAUCAGUGUUUUGCUUGUGAGUUGCUGUAUCAUUAUUGUCUUGGUGAUGAAACAUGAGAAGAGCCACUGUUAGGGACGCACCCGCUUAGACUUGGUUCUGGCUGAGCGUCACAGUGCGUGGAAGGGAAGUUUCUUGGUUGGUGUUUCAUGGAGAUUAACCAAUGUCUUAGCAAUGAGCUUAGCCAACCAGAAGCUCAGCGAAGGGUUUAGCGAUACUAUUCCUUAAAUGUAUUAAAUUAUUUGUUAUAUUACUUCGUGGUCAGGCCGCUGGCAACUUGAAAUUUUGUGGAGGCUGAUUCUGUGGCAUCCUCAAGAAGUGAGGAAUUGUAUUUGUGGUUUUGAAAUCCAGGAGAGGAAUACAUUAUGGCCAUGACCAUACAGGUAAAUGUAGAGUUAACUACAAGUAGCAGUUUGGCUGUAUAAGUGAAAUUGCAUGGUAUGAUGUCCAGUACAAAUAUUUUGUACAUUUCCCCUUUUUUUUGGUAAAGAGCAUAUAGGACCAACAACCUUUAUAUCUACUUUUUAUUACUUGAGAAUCUCUCGAUUGGCACUACCAAAUGACAGCUGUGCAGUUCCACAACCUAUCAAAUAAAUAAGAUUUUUUAA